UGAUUCCUACCUGUAGGUUAAUGCUUUCUAUUUUAGGUUUUGAAAGUCCAAGCUCACUUGAUGAACAUGUCUGUGAAGUCGAAUACUGGUUCAGAGAACAUAACUACUCUUGCAGAUUUUUGCAUUAAAUCUUCAUCUAACAAUAACUGUAUGGUGGUGAGUCCGCUUCAAUAUUGGCAAAAUAAUGAAACGAAAUUAAACAAAUGUAUCUCAGUGGUGACUAAUGAACAAUGCUCCCCAUCUGAUGCGGCUUAUAAUUACCAAGUUGCUGCUUGGGGUGACCAUUUUCAAGCAUGCACAAAGUAAGUAGAAUGGCUAAACGCGUGUUAACCCAAUUUUGCACCCAGAGUGUGCCCCGUGCACAUACUCUUGGUAAGUUAGUGUUUCCAGUCAAGUCGUGGUCUUGAAGAAUCAAGAUAUGAUGUUCCGGAAGCCAGCCAACUUCAAAGCUUCAAAAUCUUUCUUUCAGCAUCAAACCGUGCACAAAUCUUUUGUCUCGACUUCAUUAAAUUGCACGUUUCAUCGAUCAGCUAUCCCUUCGGGACGAUUACAUCGCUAUACGAAUAUGCAAUGAGCUCAAUCACCGUCAGCGUGCACAUGAAUUAACAUAAAUUCAGACAAAAACAUACUAACACAAUGACUUCUGUUAUGUUUCCAGACCAAGUCGAAUAGAUCGACCAUUUGCAUAUUACUAGAAAAUACAUGCAUGCAGAAACCCUUGCCUUGCUGACAAAACCAUUGUAUUUUCCAAACACGAAGUAUUUAAAUUAAAGUGGUUAUCACGGUUUAAGAAUAUUUUUACAAAUGAAGAGUCCCCUAAAAAUAUAACUUUUAAUUACAAAAUUAUCAAUUUCCCAAACAUAGCCUACGUAUACAUAAUGUUAGAAAGAGUUUAUUUUAACGUGCAGUUCUACACAAAAUGUGCAGUUCUAAACCCAUUUGUGCAGUUCUUAAAACUCAACUGUGCAGUCACCAAAUUAACAAACAUAUAACCUCAAAACAAUACUCUUCUCAUUUGCUUGUUUUCGUUGUGGAUGCUCCAGAUGCCAGAAAUGCUGUCAUUGAGUAUCAAAAGUCUAAAUGUUUUCUGGGAGAGCCGGAGAGGGCCACCAGACCCUCAUAUUUUCCUCACAAAUCGCAUAUGUGCUGGGGUAAUGGAACAGGAGGUAAAAUUGGGGCGAGUGAAGCUAUCCAAAAGAGAUUAAUAGAGUGGGAGAACCUAGUAAUAUUCUUUCCUGUCUAAGGUUAUUAUAUAUUGAGUAUUUAUGAUUCCCAGUUACAUGUUUUGAAACAGUUUUUGUGGGUGGUUGGGUGAAAUAAAUCUUUGCCAGAACUUACGAGCCCCUAAAUUCAAAUUCCCCUACCUGUAGCUUCCUCACCAGGAAUCGAGUUUAUCUGGCCCCACCCAACCACACCUUUAUUCUGCUACCUAUAUACAAAUUAAGAGUCUAUCAUCAUUUGCAACGUUAACUAUAAAUUUACAGCGUUAAAUACACUGUAGAUAAAAAUCCUUUGACACCCAGCCAAACAUCCUUUGAUCCCCCCCCCCAGUCAAACACGUGAUGCUUCGUAACAUCUCUAAUAUGUGCAGUUCUAAACUUUUCUUAAAAUAAACCCUGAUGUUAGGCAUGUACGUUACGUAAUAUAAGCUUCAAUUUAAUUUAAUUAAGCUAAAAUUCAACCACAAAGGGCUUCGCAAAACGUUUAGUACAUGUUCUUUAUAAAACUAAACUGCCUUUAUCGAAAAACUUUGAAUUUGAAAUAAAUUCAAGUAACUUUGUCUUAUUUUUUAUCUAAACAUUUUAAUAUUAUAAAAAAGGGUAAUCAAUAAAGACACACUGAAAUUAUAUGAAAUUACUCCUCCGCGGGGUAAAGCUGAGCGGAAUUAGUGCCUUCGCCCCGCAGGCGUAACCGUCGGUUCGGGGACUACAGUUUGACUCGGAAAUAAUUUCUUUUACUUUUCUAUAGCAAUCCAUACCUAACUGAUGACAUUACAGAGCUACAUCUCUCUUGUUUAAGUUCAUACGGUGAUCCAGUUUACCCGAGUCAAGUAUUGGGCGGAUACGAUAGAAAAAAAUACAUAGACGCAAGUCUACUCUUCGUUACAUUUGCCAUCAAAAAGCACCCGAAUGAAAUCGAAAUUAAAAAAGCGAAAGCUUGGCAGGAAAAGUUUGUUGAAUAUGUGAAAAACUACGACGAUCAAGACUUACAAUUGGCUUAUACUUCCAUCGACCUGCCUGUUCGCAGCCUGGAUACGAAUAUUGAGUACUGAGGAAUUUCCUGAUUGAUAGAUGAUUGAAUUAUAGAUUUUGAUUGAUUUUGGAUUGAAUGAUGUAUUGAUUGAAUGAGUAAAUGAUGUAUUAAUUAGUUGAGUAAAUGAUGUAUUGAUUGAUUAGUUGAAUGAUGUUAGUAUUGGUUGAUUGAGUAUGAUGAAUUGAUUGAUUUAAAGAUGCAUUGAUUGAUUGAAUAAAUCAUGCAUUAAUUAAUUAUUGAUUGAUUAAUUAAAUGAUGUAUUGCAAUUGACUGAUUGAAGUUUAAAAUAUUUUGCAUGUGUAACCUUAGGAACCACAAAAAUAAAUACACAUGCAUCAGUGAAUAUUUUAGUCCUGUAAGAAAAUUAAUGAAAGUGCGGAUUAAUUUGAUCGAUCAAGGUCAUGUACCAAAUUGUUUUCCGUGGAGGAUAGCGUCAUCCAUGCACGCGGGAUAUAUGUUGCGAGAUUUUAGAAAAGCCUAAAAAUACACAUAUAUAAAUAUAUAAAGCGAUAUCCUGCAUUUACUUUUACAGUCAAUUAAACCAGAUGUUCUUUUUCAGUGACAAUAUUGCGACAAAACAUUGCAAUGUUGAUUUGCCAAUUGCUCGAGCAAAUUGCAAUAAAGGAAUGCUGAAUGGUUUUUCGUGCAGAUUGCGUGAUCCACGCGCGCACGAGGGAUAUAUCGAUGUUGCGAGACUUUCGGAAAGCGUAAAAAUACUCGAGCCGCAGGGGAGUGUAUUUUUACGCUUUCCAAAAAUAGAGCAAUAUCUCAAGUGCAUGGAUCACGCUAUCGAUCCUGCUUGGAAAACCAUUUGGUAAUUGUUUUAUAAAAUAACUACCCGCGAAGGAAUUUUAAGUCCUCGUGCAGGAUAUAGCCCGUGUCCUGCCGUCACGGCUAUUGACCAAUCAAAUUGCGUGUUUCACUGUAGUUAAUUACAUUAAUCGCUUUUGACAAGUCGACCGCGAGGAACUACUGUAUACAAUAUAUUCGCGGUUAACAAAGAACUGGUAUAAUAUUUAUAAAGGUGUUGCUAUGGUAUUUGGGAUGAUUAAUUUAUUAUAAAUGUCACAAAAAUCUGACAUAAAAAUGUCAUUGUAACAUGCUUAAUUAAUGCAUUUGCCCAAUUUGCAUAUGUCAGCAAUAUGCCGAAUUAGGUAAAGGCAUUAAUUAAGCAUGCUGAUUUUGUAGGGUUUACUAAAACAAAUUGUCUGAAAUUUUGUACAGUAAUUAAAAAUCCAACAAAUUAAAUUUUCC